GUAAUCUAGGGUUUUACUUCCGUAAUCAAACCCAAAUGCAACUGAAAUUCGAAUAAUUCUGCGAAAAUCUUCCCGUUGAUUGGAGGAAUAGCAUAAAUGGCGUCUUCGUUUAUGCAGCAGUUUGCGAAGAAGAAGAGCGUACUGAAGAGGUCGUCGAAGAAGUACUUGGAAGAAGCGCUUUACAAGAAGCUGUUUAGGGAUGGUGGAGAAGAGCAGAGCGUUAGGGGGAAUCUGAAUCAGUUUCUCAAGUCACAUAAGAGUGCUUAUAAAUGGGAAGUCGGCCGCACGCUCAAGAUACUCCGCGGCCGCAAGCUCUAUGGCCCCGCGGUCAAGGUAUCAGAGACUAUGGAAAAAAGAGGAAUGAACAAAACAGUUAGUGAUCAAGCAAUACAUCUUGAUCUAGUAGCAAAAAGUAGGGGAAUUACUGCUGCAGAAGCCUACUUUGUCACUCUGCCUGAAUCCUCAAAAACUCAUCUGACUUAUGGUGCUCUUCUUAAUUGUUACUGCAAAGACUUAAUGACUGAAAAGGCAGAAGCUUUGUUUGAGAAAAUGAAAGAGCAUAAUUUGGAACUGAGUUCCAUGCCAUAUAACAGCCUUAUGACCAUGUACUUAAAAAGUGGGCUGCCUCAAAAGGUCCCCGCUUUUAUCCAAGAAAUGAAGGCCAGUGAUAUCAUGCCUGACACUUACACCUACAAUGUCUGGAUGAGGGCUCUUGCUGCUGUGAAUGAUAUAUCUGGGGUAGAGAGAGUUAUUGAUGAGAUGAAGAGAGAUGGUCGAGUGGCUGGAGAUUGGACAACAUACAGUAAUUUGGCAUCUAUAUAUGCUGGUGCUGGAUUAUUUGAUAAAGCCGAGAAGGCACUUAAGGAACUGGAAAGCAGAAAUGUCCCCCGAGACCUUUCAGCUUACCAAUUCCUGAUAACGUUAUACGGACGGACCGGAAAUCUGCUUGAAGUAUACCGUGUAUGGCGUUCUUUGAAGUUAGCCUUCACAAAAACUGCAAACUUGAGUUAUCUGAAUAUGAUUCAGGUGUUGGUUAACCUGAAUGAUUUACCAGGUGCAGAGAAGUGUUUCCGGGAGUGGUCAUCUGCUUGCUCAACUUAUGAUAUUCGUAUAGCAAAUGUCCUUAUUGGAGCUUAUCUUAGAGAGGAUUCAUUCGAGAAGGCUCAAAACCUCAAGGACCAGGUCCGGAGGAGAGGAAUCAAACCUAAUGCUAAAACUUGGGAACUUUAUCUUGACUAUUACUUGAAGAAGGGAGAGAUAAAAUCAGCUGUGAAUUGUGUCGACAAAGCAACUGCAGCUAGUAGGGGGGACGGUGGCAAGUGGACGCCAUCGCCUGCAGUCAUUGAGAAACUGAUGCAACACUUUGAGCAAAACAAGGACGUCAAGGGUGCUGAAGGUUUCCUGGACAUCUUGAAGAAGUCUAAGGAUGAAUUGGGACUGGAGGUGCUUGAAUCAUUAAUUAGAACCUAUGUAGCUGCAGGGAAAAAGAGUCCCAUCAUGCGUCACCGGAUUAAGAUGGAAAACGUAGAACUGAGUGAAGAAGGUAAAAAAUUACUGGACGUGGUCUCUGAGGAAUGACGUAUUUAUUCCUUCACAUCUAUCUCUGUUGGUAUUUUACUCGGAAGAAGGUCUUGAAAUGAAUUACUUCUCUUCUCUCUUUCAGCACAUUCAUGUGGAGGUCUGUCAAUUGUGAGUUUAGAACUCUCUUUUGCGAAUGGGAUUUGCAUUCUUGUGCCCAUUGAUAUUCUUGUAAACCAUUUCCAGCGAAGUUUUGUACCUUUCAGCAACCAUAAGUUGGAAUAAUGAUAGUGAAAUCAUUUUUCCUGGGCCAAUUUAGCAUCCUUAUAAUUAGAUUCCUUGCAUUCCUAUAGCAACAAAUAUUCCUCGACUUUGAUCAAUUAUCCAUGCAAAGUUGAGCCUUUUUUA